AGCCUCCCUGUCUGAAGGCUCGAAUGGUUUCGCUCCGUGGUCUCCCCGCCAUCAUGGAGUGACCUUCUCGCCAUGCGCGUCGUGCGCCUCCUCCCUCUGGCGGUCUCCGCGAGCGCGUUUGAACUACCAUUCGAGCUGCCAGAGCUGCCGUUCGUUGGAAAGCUGUCCAUCGAGAAAUGCGAUCUGUCCAAGUGCCAGGGCACCCUUGACGACUGCUGUGAGGCUGACGGCCAGGGAGCUUGUUCUGACGACUACACCCGUGUCCAGACCGAGGUGGAAUGUGGUCAAGGCCUCCUCGAGUAUGCGUGUUGCGACCCAGCGGCAAUCGGGAGGCAGAGUAUGGUCGAGCUCGGGGUUUACGUCCUGCUCCUCGUGUCCUUCUGUGGCUACGUGUGCGCAUUCUGCUGCUUCUGCUCUGGAGCAUGUUUGACAUGUGCUGCGCCAGAAGAUAUUACCUGCGCGGGAAGAAGCGCAGCGGCAGAGAGACCUCCACCCCCGGAAGAGGCUCGACGGUCUCGAGAAGUUCUUCCGCGAUCGGAGAGUUGUCCUACGGGUCGUCGACGCACACGGGGUCGUCCUCGCCCUAGCCCUGGCGGCGGCAGAGGCAUGUCUUCGGCGCGCUCCCGUGGCCUUCUGGUAUGCCCGCGCCUUCUCCUGCUCAGCGGCACCAAGGGCGCUGAUCUGCCCGGACAGUGCUUCAGACACCAGUCGGCGGCCCGCCCAAUGGGGAAGGGAGGGGGGGGGGCCAGCCUUCCAAAGCAGGUUAGACGACUUUUCGUAGAGUCCUCCCUGCUUUCCAGUCGUCGUCCUCGGGCUUUGGUUCGCAACGAGGCCUCUCACAAGCUGGCAAUUGGCACCCAGACCUAUGCGACCAACGGAUUUCUCGGGGUGGACUUCCAGUGGGGGCUAUGUGUGUGUGUGUGUGUGUUUGUGAUCCUGGAAUUUGUGUGUGUGUUUAUUUGCGUGCCCCUGGGCCCCUUCAACUCUAGUCCUCGCAGAUGGGGCCCCCAUCCACGCUGCCCACCCCCAGGCGUCCAGGCCCGCCCGCCCCGCGAGGCGGAGCGGCGCGCCAUUUCCGCUCGCAGAGGGCACGGCGUGCCGCCCAGGGCGCCGCAGCGGCACACGGAGCAGAAGUUCCCGACCACGGCUGCCCAGAGACGGAGGUUUUUCGCUAAUUUCGGCCCCCAAGGGCCCUCGCCGGGCCUCGGGACCGUUUCUUCAGGCCUCUGGCCCUGGCGAGGGCUGCCAGAGGCCGCAGUUAGAUAAGCACCUCCCGUCGUGUCUUUUUCAGGGCUCGAUGGGGCCUGGGCGCACCAAAAGGUGAACGCCAUCCCCGCGUGGCCGAGCCGCCUGGAUGUCUGGGGGGCGUGCUUGCCGGCGGGGAGCAGAUGCGCCGCCCCCAGGCGAGGGAAAGACUCCAGCGGGCACGCCCGGGCCCCGUGUUGAAAUAGUUCACCAAGGCUCGGGAUGUCUGGCGUCACGGGACGGACAGGCAGAGGGAGAGAGGAACGGGAUUUUUCAGACAAGGAUCUGAAGGUUCCCCGACUGACGGACCUCAUACUGGAAGUUGUGAGUCCGUCGCAGAUUUUCAGACUGAUAGACUGACGGCCCUUCGCAAGUCGCCCUGUUGGCGAAUCAUGUCGCAAACGUGCCACCGUAUCCCUCAUCGUCUUGAUCACAACGCUGUCCAUCUUGUCGUUGUUAACACGCAUGCCUCAAACCAUCGUCGUAUGUGUUGUAUCGUCGCUGAAUAUCUCUUUCAUUAUUUGCUACGAAGCGUCGAACAUGCCAGGUUAUAUGCUAUCCGAUGUUACGCUUCAAGAGCCGCGGAGCCGAUUGUGUGGGUCAUGUUGUCCGCUUCGUGCAUGGAGGCUUUGCGGUCAGGAUGUGGAGCAGUCGAGUCAUCGACGCAUGACAGCGUGGUCGAUUCCGCGGGCACUCGUGCGCAAGCUGCCGGA